UGGAUAAGAGGGAGUAAAUAUGAUGUAAUUCACAUCUCCAGGGCUGUGGACGAAUAGAAAGGGGCCGGGUACAGGAGGUGUGGGGUGUAACGAGGAGAGGCAAAUGAGAAUUGAACUGCAAGAGAGUGAGAACCGUGUAGAGCAGGCAACGUUUCAGAAGGGUCUAGUGAUGAGUCAUAACAGCUCAGCAGUCAGAUAACCUGUCCUAAAAAAAGCACUGCAGCAAAGCAUGUUGUCUUGACGUGAGAAUAGGCUGACCGAGACCACAAUGAGCAUUUCUGUGAAUGAUGAUUUGUAUGAAUGUACUGAUGUGAUAAGAGGGGUACAGGAAGUUUGCAGAGUCUCUGCAGAGGCCGACGUGGUGUCCAUGGCUGACUCCACCAUCACUGUGGAUGACAUUGAGGGGGAGCUCUUUAAGAUUGAGAGGAUCAGGGAUGUCCUGGUCAGGAGGGAGUCAGAGCUCAGAUACAUCAGGAUGGAUGACAUUCAACUGUGUAAAGAGAUUACUCGUCUGAAGAAGGAGCUGCACAAAUUAGUGUCAGUACCAGAUAAUGACAAGUCCAAUGAGGAUCGGCAGAAGGAAGAAGAACUUCUGCAGCAGAUCCACAAACUGGUCGAGACAAGAGACUUCCUGGUGGACGAUGUGGAGUUUGAACGACUCAGGGAGAAAGAAGAAGAUAAAGAAAUGGCAGAUUUUCUGAAGUCCAAAUUCCCAAGAAAUAUGAAGACAGGUGUACCAACCAGAAGGGCCACAACCAGGGCUCAGCAGACAUCUUCACCUUUCACCAAGACGGGCAUCACCCUCCUAAAGGAAUGCUGUGGCUUCACGUGCUCCAUCAUGUAGACUAGAGUCUAAAUAAAAGGGUCCCCACUUUAGGACUGAUGAAGGGGCCAGUGACCACACACAGGACUCAGCGUUUCCAGUUUUUCAGAGACUUUGAAACAUGGCUGGAGCAGGGAUUUUUCUCACUGUUUCAAAAAUGAUUCACUAUCUAUCCCAGAAACAAAUUUAGUGUUGUGUUUCAUUUCUUAUUUAUGUUUUUCAUCCUCUUGUGCCUCUUCUUCCCUUCAGGCCGGCAUAUGGUAUUUAUUUCUCUUUUUCACACAGGGCUUGAAGGACAGAAACAGCAUAGCACAAGCCAUGCAUAUACAGUGUAGCGUACACUCUAAUUAGAUUCCACUGCUCCCCCACAAGCUUUAUAUUUCAAAACUUCACUGAGCCGUGAUAGCUGUCAUCUCCUUAUUAUAAAAGUAGCUGUUUUGCAGGAGUCAGCAGGCCAGUCUAGAUGCCGCUGGAACUUUAUAAUUAGCAUUACGGAGAUAAUUCUAAUGAAAGUGACAUUAAUCGUAGACUCCACUUGGAGGACUGACUCUAGAUCCUAAUGGGAAUGAACUUUUGAAAACAAUGAUUUUGAAAGUACUAUUUCCUCCUGUCAUGCUCCAUUUUCCUUUAAAACAUAAUAUUAAUGCAGGGUUUUGUUUUCACAUAGAUAAAAAAACAUACCGCUUUUGAAAGAGUUUUUCUGUAAUUAAAAUAUGUAUGAUGCAGGAGAUUAGAAAGGGUCGGCAACAAGAAAGACAAUCUAGGAACCGGUGCGCUUUUAUCUGGUGCAUAUUCAUGUGUGUUUAUAGAGCUUAUGUCAGGGCAUUAUGUCUGUAGGCUAUUGUAUGUAAAUGGGCAUACCGAUAUAUCCGCACAUACUGGCUACUUUCAGUUGAAUAUAUUCAUACGCAUCACAGCCACUAUCCAUCAUAGGCAUCACACACUGAAGUGUCCAGGGGCAAAGCUCUUUAGCCUUCUUUGUCACAGUGCAUAAACAUUCUACAUAUUUGUUGUCAACCAGCUGUGUUUUUAAUCGCCUAUAUACACAGAGGGAAGCCAGUGGAUGGUGAAUCAUACACACAGGACAUGUGGCGCAGACAUAUAGCAUCCAAUUAAACCAUGGUGCAGGCCUUUGUGUUGCCAAGAAGAAUAGUUGCCAUGGCAACCUUGGAUAACCCAUAUCUUUACAAUGUGAUAAUGAGGAGGGUUGGAUUGAUUGGAGAGAUGAUAUUUCAGAGGUGUGAAAUACGCUAUCGUGGAUACCAAAUGGAAAGCAGAAAGGAAAUAGAAUUAUAUUGUCAGCUUUGCAACUUUUAGUAUUUGAGAUUAACUGAGAGGCUCAGUGCAUCUCCUCCACAGCAUAAAGCAGUUAAAGGUGAAGUAAAUGUGUUGCUCUCUAACUACAUUUAACUAGAUGCUGUGGGAAACGGUCCUCUGUCAGUCUUUCUCUUCAUUUUACCUUCUCUUCCCAGAUAUUCCUUGGGAUAGACAAACGAUAAUGUCUAUCUCUUUAGUUUAACCAUUCAAUUUUUUGAUAUUCAGUCCCAGCACAGUCACAGGGUUUGACUCUGGCAGUAACAAUGUCUGACACUGGCAUGGAGGUCCACAGGGGAUUUAGAUGUUUUCCAGUAUGACUGAAUAGUUAUAGUUAACAGCUCUGAUAGAACAGUUUAAUUAAUAUGAGAGGAAUGAUGAGGGAAACACUUAGCACAGUAUGAACCAUUUCAUCACAACAGGACUCUAAUGCAGUUUGAAAAGACAGUGAUGGUUAACUGAGCAGAUGAUAGCAACACAUGAUUAUCAGAUCAUAGAGCUAUAAUCUUUCCUGCAGAGGCUGCUCUUCUACGUUUUUUUUUUAACUAUCUAAUCAGUAGUUCUUCUUCAUUUAGGACUUUCAGUGUGUGACAUAUUUCCUUUCAUUUCUUCACUCCUUCAGACAGCGGGAGGUUGUGCCACAUCCCAGCACAAAUCAAACGAGGAUUCAAGAAUUUUCUGUGGAAAAUUUCUUGGAGACGUGGCAGAGAACACGUAGCCUCUUGGGAGAGACACUGUGUUGAGGGAGAGCGAGGAGCGGAGAGAGAAUAAUAAAAGAAGAAAGGUUGAAGUGUCCGAAUGCUGGGGAUAUGAAGAAAAAGAGAGGAAGCUAGUGGGAGGGCACAGAGUUAGAGGGGAGUCUAAUCUUCACUGUGAGUCAUCCUUAGUGAGAACGCUGCAAGGUCCCACAAGGCCGGCUUUCAGUGAACACUGCGUUAAAGGGCAGGGCUGUCAUUCAAAUGCCAUUAUCCCGUACACCUUGAGCUCACAGUAUGUGUUUGUACAUGUGUGAGCACUAAAUGAAAAGAAUGUGCAUAUAUGUGCUGCAUGUGUACCUCUGCAUGUGUACCGUGCCUAGGAACACAGCGGUGAUAAUGAGAAGUACAGUAGCUGUCAGUGCUCCGUUGCCAUGGUUACUGUGACUUCAUGGUAUACUCUAACUUCUUGCUUCAUUUGGUCAUGUCGUGUAACAAACUGGACUGGACUCCCAGGCUGCAUGUGUUGUGAAAUGGCAAGGAGAUGGCAAGACUUGCUUUUAUAAUGAUCAGGGUUCUUAAAUGUUGUCAGUUAAAACUGCAAGUAGUAAACUCUUAAGAUUCUGCCUCAUUAUUAAAAUAAAUAGCUAUUCAUCA